GUGUGAAGGUGGGGCCUUACGUCGAGAGCAGUGAGACACAACACGGUCCUGGCUCUGGCAAUACUACUGCUAAGUACUUGCGGCUACAGAUCAUCUCCGACGAUAUCAACGGCAAUCUCACUGGAGGAUAAGGAGACCCCAAUUGAAGCCACGUACUGUCUACUCCAGAUAACAGACAACGGUUGGGAGUUGCGCACAGAAAGGUACGAUUUGACGAAGAACACCGGUAGCCACGGCAGUACCGGGCAAAGCUAGCCAGAUUGAAUCAUGGGUGCCAGGGUCUCUGUUCCAGCAGAUCGAACAACCGGCAAACCGCCGCGGCCUCUGCGCCCGGCAUCACGGCGAGCUGCAACCGCCGGGAUCCUCGAGCACCUCGACUGCAAACACGUCGUCAUCCUCGUGCUGGGAGACGUGGGCAGAAGCCCCCGCAUGCAGUACCACGCCAUGUCCCUCGCUUCCCACGGGGUGCGGGUGACGCUCAUCGGGUACUCGGGCGAGCGCUGUAUCAGCGCCGUCGAAGACAGCCCGCGCGUGGACACGUCCCGCCGCUUCAACCCUCCGCUGUCCGGGCGCUGGGGUAAGAGCUUGAACCGAAGGGCGUAUCUCCUGUUCGCCGGAGUCAAGGCGGUGGCACUCCUUGCGAGGGUUAUGUACGAGCUGGUGCUGGUGGCCGGGCGGCCCGGCGGCGGCGGCGGUGCGGUCGCCGACAGCGGUGGCUUUGGCGGUGCUCUGAGGCCGGACGCUAUCCUCGUGCAAAACCCCCCAUCCCUCCCUGGGCUCGCCUGUGUCUACCUUGCGUGCCUUUUGAGGAGGUGUGCGAUGGUCUUGGACUGGCACAACUUGGGCUUCACCAUGUUCGGCUGCGGGCCCCGGCAUCCGCUGGUGUGGAUCACACGCAGGGCUGAGGGUUUUUUUGGGCGAAGAGCGACGGUCAACUUGACAGUGUCGCACGCCAUGCGUAACUGGAUCAAAGAAAACUUCGGCGUCCCGGAAGGCUACGUUGUCUACGACCAGCCGCCCGAGUUUUUCCGCCCCCCCACCGUACCGGAGCGCCACGAGCUCUUCACGAAACUCAAUAGGACAAACCCCGACUUUGCGGACGCCAUUCGCAAGCUCACGCUGGCUUCCUUGCGAGGAGAGUCGUCCGCGAUAGGCGGAGGCGGCGGCGGGAGCGACGGCAACGACCGACUGGGACACGGCAACGAUGGCGACGAUGGCACGGACCGCCCUCACCCCAAGAAGGCGCGCGGCCAUUCGGACGACAACAGCGGAAGCGGAAGGAGCGACAGCGAUAGCGGCGGGAACAGAGAAGUGACGGAGGUGACCCCGCCGCCGACCGCGAGGACCCCUCCAGCAGAGUGGGAAGAAGGAGACCCGGCGGGACAACAAAGGACCCUGUUUACGACGCGGUCCGCCGACGGCGUGUACGAGCUGCGUCGGGAUCGACCGGCCUUGCUCGUGUCUUCUACAAGCUGGACCCCGGACGAGGAUUUCUCGGUGUUGCUGGAAGCUCUGCGGCGCUUCGAUCUGCGCACGGCUUCGGGGGCGUCGCCGACGCUCCCGCUGGUGAUGGUGGUGGUGACGGGGAAGGGGCCGGACAAGGCCAAGUACGUGGCGCGCAUGAGAGCGGCGACGAUGUCGAGGGUCGCGGUGUGCACGGCGUGGCUGGAGCCGGAGGACUACCCGUUGCUGCUCGGGAGUGCUGACCUGGGCAUCUGCUUGCACACGUCAACGUCAGGGGUGGACUUGCCGAUGAAAGUGGUCGACAUGUUCGGCUGCGGCGUGCCAGUGUGCGCCGUUCACUUCGAGUGCCUAAAGGAGCUCGUUCAGCAUGGUUACAACGGGUGCGUCUUUCGGGACAGUACGGAGCUUGCCCUCCAGCUAGAGGCACUGCUCGACGGGUUCCCCAGGGGAGGGUCCGAACUGGAUGGAUAUCGGAGCAAUAUAAAGGAGGUGCAACGAUGGAGGGAGAAUUGGGACGAGUACGCCUGGCCGAUCUUCUCGAAGAUCGGGCGGCUUAGGGCAGGACCAACAAACACAAGAGGGGUCGGUGUCCGAGGGAGUACCAGAGGAGACAUUUUUUCCAACGCGCGGGGAGGGGGCUGGUCGACCGGGGGGCUGGCGGAGUCCGUGGUGGUACCGGCGACGUUGUUGUUGGUCUUGCUCGUGAGCGUUCCUUGGCUGUCCCACUCGCUGGAGAGCUGGGCCGCAGACGGGGCCGCCGCCGCCGACCGCUGGCGACGCCAAUGGACUUGAAAAAACGGAUCGAGUCGAUCGGAAGGAUCCGGCCCCGGUCGAGCGGUUCUUGAGUGGGCCCCUACUGCUUAUUGUUGUAAUGAAUGUGGAUGUCAUCGAUGACCUUGUGGACGCUUUGUUUGCUGCUUUCUCUUGUGCCUUGAAAUCCACUCUGCCUUCUACCCAGCCAAGACCUCUGUCUCGCUUGAUACUCUUAUCCCGUUGCAAAGGGAGGCAGGAAGCUAUCACCCCGUGUGUAGGUGGGGCAGGAUUGCCGUGAUAGGGUACGUUCUCUUUCGUGGGAUAGGGCGGCCUUCCGACAAAUUCGCUGUUGUUUUCGGGACGGUCAGACUGACGUUGUGUUUUCAGGCAACACCGUAUACCCCCCCCGCAUCUGGUGUUCUUCCCUGUUGGCACAGGUACGGUGUCCACGCAUGAGACUGACCAACGCUGGAUUUUCGUUUGGUCACAGCGUAGCGCCUUGGUUAGGAUUAAGCUCAUGCCCGUUCAGUUUCUCCUGGCGUCACCGACACGGCUAUAGAUGGCACCAAACAUGACCAGCAUGUCGGGGAGUUUUGUUCUAGCCAAUCUGCGGAUCAGUCUACACCUUUCGGUGUACGCUUGAGGCACCGUUAAGAGGAAAGCUGCGGCGCUUUGGUCGUGUGUGGGUAGCUUGAUUUUCUCCGCUUUGUCCCGUGUUUUCUUGGUCGUACUCGACUUUCACCAAAUGUAAACCCAUCGCAAUACUUCAUGGCGCU